AUCUUACUCAUCGUGUGCUUAUUUAUUUUGACAUAUUGAUUUUUAACCAAAUUAGGUACAAGUGUUGUGUACCUAUGUUUCCUUAAUAAUUUUAAGAAAUAAUCUUUUUAUAUAUUUAAUAAUCAUAUGGCAUUUUUUACAUCAGAUAUAAUGCAGUGAAUUAAUAAUUCUUAUAAAAGCCGCAAUAAUGAAGGUCUUGAUUGGAUUUUCUUUAGCCUUCUUCACAGCAUUUCCAGCAAUAUCAUCUUCUAGAGUUUUGGAGUUAAGUGAUAAGUUUAUUGACAUCAGUGAAGAUGGCAUGUGGUUUGUAAAAUUUUAUGCGCCUUGGUGCGCACAUUGUAAACGACUAGAGCCUGUGUGGGCCCAUGUUGCCCAGUCUUUGUACAAUACACCAAUAAAAGUUGCCAAAGUUGACUGUACUAGAUUUCCAGCCGUUGCUACUUAUUUUAAUAUAAGAGCAUAUCCCACUAUAAUAUUUAUUAAAGGGACCUUUCAACAUGAAUAUAAAGGAGAAAGAGCAAAAGAAGACAUGGUGCACUAUGCCAUGAGAAUGUCCCAGCCUGCAAUCCAAAGAGUUUCUCAUGCAGAUAGCUUAGGUUACUUGAAGGAGGCUCAUUCUGUUUUCUUUGGCUUUGUAGGCAAACAACAUGGACCAUUAUGGGAUAUGUUUGCAAUCCAUGCUGAAAAAUAUCAGCCACACACAUGGUUUUAUGUGAUGUCACAUGACAUAAUUAAGAAUGAUUUAAAAGUGCCUAAUGAUACUGCCAUAUUCGUUUACAAAGAAGACGAUGCUUAUUUUUUUGAAGCGAAUCAAGGACUUCUUGAAGAUAGAGAAAUGCUAAAUGUAACAUUAGAUAAGUGGAUUAAUGCGGAAAGAUUUGGAUUUUUCCCAAAAAUUACUAGAGCCAAUAUAAAUGCCUUAAUGGACACAGAAAAAUAUCUAGUCAUUACUGUAUUGUCUGAAAACAAACUAAAUGAAGUAACACAGACUGAGAGAGAUUUCAGAGACAUGGUUGAGGGAAUUAUCAGGAAAAGAAAACACGAACUACACAGUAGCUUUCAGUUUGGUUGGAUGGGCAGCCCCGAUUUGGCUAAUUCAAUAGCAAUGUCGGAAUUAACUGUUCCGCAUUUGAUAGUUCUCAAUUCUACCACAAGUCACCAUCACCUCCCUGACGACGAUCCAGUACUUAUGACUCCAGAGGCUGUCUCAUUGUUCCUUGACCAAAUAUAUAAACAGCAAGCACCGGCGUAUGGAGGUAAUAAUUGGCCCGUACAAAUAUAUAGAGCAUUUUUUGAAAUGAGGAGCACAGUGACAAAUAUGUGGCGAGGAAAUCCAGUGCUAACAUCGGUUGUAUUCGGCCUGCCUCUUGGAUUUUUAUCUCUAAUAUGUUAUUCUGUAUGUUGCGCUGACAUACUCGAUGCGGAUGAAGAUGAAAUCCCAGAAUCGCACGAGAAAAAAGAUUAGAAACCUGUACGCCCGACCGCAGUCGUUGACACAGAACAGCUUCCUUUUAGUGCCAGAAUUUCAUUAACGUGUGAUGCUAGUGAUAUCUCCCGUCAUUUAUUUCAUAUAUAAACUAAUGCAGUGGCGUAGGUUGGUAACAAAGGGCACAGGUGCAAAAAAUGUGCCCUUAUGGCCCAGGCUGCCAAACUUUUUGCUUGGUAAGAUGCUAAGUUAACUAUAACAGGGUAGUGACCGAAAAAAAAGUACUGGUUGAGACCGAGGGCCCUCAGAAAAGUGUACCUUAGCCCUACGGUAGGUACACAUCUGAAACAGUGGUCUCUUCUCCUAUCGUCCCCAAGCGGUAUCUCUAGAAAGAGUGUAUUUCCGUAGCGUAAUUAUCGCGUUUUGAGCGAGUACAUGACUUAUGAAAAUACCAUGUCAUUGCAGUAUGGGUAUAAACAAAAAAGUGUAAAUACGCUUUUUAUACUUUCAUUUCCUUAUAUAUAUAUUUCAUAGAAUGCUUACUCGAUAAAUUUCGGCUAAAAUAUUUUUUUUUUCAAAAUUUGCCACGUAACCAAAGCGUACACGCGUUAACGUCACGAUCCUUCGACCGUCUUUCGACUGCAUUUUGCAUUCCCAGUUCAUAUUGUGUCUCUGAGCCAAUUAUUUUCCCAAUUUCCAUAUUAUACAUUUCUGUUGAAAUUAUAAUUGCAACAUCAAAUUAAAUUCACUCGCUUUAAAGUAACUAUUAUUUCGCCUGCCUUUAUAUUACUCUCGUGUUAGGUGGGCGCAACAUACUGAAAGAAUUUAGCUUCAUUGAUUGGCCGCCUGCUUGACGUCAACCCCUCUAGAAGAAACACUCCAGACUCUUGGAUAAAUUGUUAACAAUAAUCUUUACACACUACUUAUUAGCCGACGUAGGAAUUAAAUCCAGGACCAUCGAGUCCUCAGAUAACAUAUUUACUACUCGGCCACUGGAUCAAGGAAGCUACAAAACAUUAAUGCGGUGUGAGUAAAUUCAUCGAAAUUGAAAUUAAAACAAAUACUUAUCUAAUACUAAAAAACAUAUAGAUAUUAUAAAUCUUUACCCCACCACCACCACUGCAGUAUUAUUUUAACUUAUUAAUUUAUUUGUUUGAAAAAAUAAUUUAAUAUUGGCACAAAAUUAUGCGGUAAACAACAAGGAAUUACAUUUGAGAUAAUCUUUCUUGCUUGAAUACAAUGAUGCUGUUUUAAACAAAAUGUUCAACAUUCCUGAGUAGGUUUAUGCCGCUCCAGGUUAAACAAAGAUUCUUCUUAGCGGCAUCACGGUUAAGACAGACGAUAAUUCAGGGCUAAAAACCUUCAUUACUGGAAUUAUUCUUUUCAACUACGCGAUUUCGUGAGAGAUGAAAGUAAAUAGUGUAAAUGACAAUUUUUCUUAUUACUCCUAUAAAACUUUAUAAUAGGCUAUAAUUCGAAUGGAAGAUGAGCUUUAAUGGCCGAUAGGUAAAUAAAAGUUUUUUUUACUCUUACCUAUACGGCUAUUGAAGCUGUCGUUCGAUUAGAACUCCCGUAACUACAAAAA